AUGUCACCCCCGCCGCACCUUGAAAAAGAUAAUGGUCUAUCAAGCACGGGAAGUAAAGCUCCUUUGAGGGCUGGCAAGAAGUCAGUGGAAGUCGACGUCGGCAGUUCGCCGUCCACGGCAUCGAUCCCGACUCGUACUCAGACGCAGAGCAGUAGUCAACCUACGUUCCCAGAGGGGGGACUCCAGGCAUGGCUUACGGUCAUAGGAGGGUCGAUGGUCCUCUUCUGCACGUUUGGUGUGGUUCAAUCGUUUGGCGUCUAUCAAGAUUACUAUACGCGCGUCUUCCUGGAUGAACACACACCAAGCGAAAUAUCCUGGAUCGGGUCUGUUCAGGUGUUCUUCUUGUUCGCCUUGGGACUACCAGCUGGGAAGCUGUUUGAUGAAGGCUACUUCCACCACACCGUCAUCUCGGGUUCAGUGAUAUAUCUCGUGUCGCUGUUCUUGUUGUCUCUGGCGAAGCCUCAUAACUAUUACCAAAAUUUCCUAGCUCAAGGAGUUGGCAUGGGAAUUGGGAUGGGAUUGAUGUUCUUGCCUUCCCUUACGAUCACGUCCCACUACUUUCGCCGACGAAGGUCGUUAGCGAUGGGUGUCGUAAUUGCGGGCUCUUCUCUCGGCGGUUGUCUAUACCCUAUACUUCUUAAUAACCUCUUCGACAAAAACGAUUGGGGUUGGGGCGUAAGGGCCGUUGGGUUCAUCGACCUUGGCCUCUUAUUGAUGGCCAACCUGUUUAUGAGAACAAGACUUCCCAGUCGCAAGUAUAAACCGGAUAGGAAGACGGUAGAAUUCAAGACGAUCAUCUAUGACCUUCCAUACAUGGUCUUCGUAGCUGGGUCAUUUUUGGUCUUCUGGGGCCUCUUCUUCCCGUUUUUCUACCUUCAAUACUACGGCGCUCAGCGCCAUGUCUCUCCUACCGUUGUCAAAUACUCAAUAACGAUCAUGAACGCGGCAUCGGUGUUUGGACGGACGAUUCCCAACUUCUUGGCUGACAAGUAUGGGCCGUUCAAUGUCAUGAUACCUUCCACCAUCAUAUCUGGUGGGCUGAUUUAUGCUAUGUUUGGCGCGUCGACCACAGGUGGAAUCAUAGCUUUCGCCAUCUUCUAUGGGUUCUUUUCCGGCGGAUUUGUGUCUAUUUGCACCCCAGCUGCCAGUCUCUUCGCUAAGGAUAUAUCCGAGCUGGGAAUUCGUAUAGGGGUACUCUCGUCGAGCUUGGGAUUGGCCUUGUUGACUGGGAAUCCCAUAGCGGGCGCCGUCUUGUCGCCUCCGACGUAUGCAUGGUGGAGAUCAUUCGUGUUCUCUUCGGUGGUCGUGUUCGCAGGAGCGGCCUGCCAGAUUCUAGCAAGAAGUUCGCUUGUCAAAAGAAAAGGUUCUAACAUCACAUAA